CUCACCUUGACUCCAGACGACGUGCUCAAUGCGACACUCUGUGACGGCGAGGGGACGGCGCUAUACUUCGUCUCUACCACGCCUAGCCUGUAUACAACCACGACACAAGUGACACGCAGCAAUGGCGAGUUACUGGCGACAGUAGAGUGGCGCGACAUGCUGCCCAACAGAUUGAGACUCGGGAAGAAACCCCCUACAACCCUCAACAAUUGGCUGCAGACGGCCCUCGUCCCGUUUGCGUCCAAAGGGAAUGCGUCGUUCAAGGACGAUUCUGGACGGAAGUACAAGUGGCAGGGCGCCGCAUACGCGAACACGCUCGAGCUGUUCACCAAAGACGAUGGAUACGAGGAGCCCAUCGCGACAUUCACAAAGUCUCGAAAGAACAUCGGUCGGGACUUACCUGCAGAACCCGCGAGACUUGCUCUGACGGCGCGUGCCGUGGAGAUCCAAGAUAUCGUCGUCCUCUCCUUCCUCUUCCUAGAACGAUUGCGUCGAGGCCAAGCGAGGACACGCCAGAGCACCGCCGAUGCUCUG